CACACACAGUGGUCUAACACCCGUCUUUUCCCAUCGGCGUUAAAAUGUUAUCAGAAAUAAAAUCUGGUAGAUCAAUGCUAUCAGCAAUUAUAUCGUAAUUUACUGUUAUUAUGAGCCAUUAAAGUUGUCACUGUCAUGGCAUAGGUAAUACAAUAGAUUUUUGUUGGUCACGUAACAUUUUGUUGUGAUUUGUCAUUCGGGUUCUACCUGUAUCGGGUAGAUAAAGCCAACCCACUUCAAAUUAAAACAAUAUGUAAAACAUUGGUGAAGAAUUAGUAGUCAUGGCUUUAGUGUAUAGUUGCUGUUUUUGGUUUUCGUUGCGUUUAGGUGGAAUUUUAAUUGGCAUAUUUUCUUUGUUUCAGGGGCUUCUUGUAUUAGUGUUUUGUUGCUUAGGAUACGGUCAUUCAGAAUCUAUAAAGGACGAGAUUGCCAACUGGAUUACUGAUUACAAUCUAAUUUACGCGAAGACUUAUCUUGAGAACAUACAAGCAGAUCCAGAAAAAUAUAUUUCAUUGGGCAUAAGUUUUACAAGCAUUUAUAUGAUAGUGUGCGUCAUAUUUAUAUAUGGAGCUUACACGUGUAAUAACAUUUUAAUGGUCACUUACAUAUUGCUGGAGCUGUUGCGGCUUAUUUUGAUUUCCAUUUUAGUAGCAACCUUUUUACUUUUGAUCAAGCAAAACACUAUGGACAUUGGACUACUGAUAGGAGCAAGUGUCGGUGGUGGAUUUCUGCUUCUGGGAAUGUUUUACAUCUGGGUAUGUGCUGCCAAUCUGCCAAUUGUCAUAAACGAAAUGGAACGCGACGAACAGGCUGCUAUCAUCAGCAAGCUCGAACAACUGCUGGAAGUUAAUCAAAGAAACGCCCCACUGGAUACCAUCCCCUUUUCGGCUCAAUCAGAAGAUAAUAUAGUUAACAGGAACGUUUUCAUUGUCCCGCGAAAUAGAGGCGUUAACGGCAUCAAGAGAGUUACCAAUCACUCUACGUUAAUUACUAAACCUUAUGUGCAAUAGUUUUAAUUAAAUUCUGUAAGCUUCACGAAUGUUUU